CAACUACGCCCAACAUUUCGGCAAAAUGCUCCGCCGUUUCUUAUCCUCUCACGGCCCGCGGCGAGUAACGCAGUCAGUGUCACUCAGCCUGAGAAGUCCCCCGUCUCGUGCUCAUUCUUGAUUUCCCUCUCCUCGAACCGAUGACAACAAGGUGAUUUCAGAUUGGCUCCUUUUGGUUAUCCCCAAAUCCCACCAUUAUCAGUGGCUUUCAAGGUUCCAUCUUUCUUCUCCGCAGACUAUAUUGACCUCCAAUUUUUUUGCCAAAGUUCGCGUUCUUCCACUGUGGUAGAUUGCAAAUAGUAUUGGAAACGAUGUGUAUGUAGACAUUCUUGGUGUAUGCUAGGACAUGGCUUGUCUUUCUGUCAUUUGCAAUAAUCGGUUCUUCAAGUCUCGAGAACUCUUGGUCGUUCACGCUGGAAAGACCGGUUCUUGCGCGGAUCGCAGUGUUCGCGGCGGUCUUGCUCUGUUUCGUCUAGUGAAGUUCCAAACUUUGUGCAAAUCUGAACAUGGGUUGUCGUGUAAUAUUGAUUCAAUACCAAAGCUCUCUAGACAUAAUUGGAUUCGGCCGUGGGUGUUUCGCGGCAGUUCUAAGUCGCCCCCCGGGUUGUCCUGUAGAAGUAGAAACGAGACCGGGAGCGGUGAACUUAGUGAUAUUGAGCGGGGUUAUGUGAGGAAAAGACGCAGUGGUAUUAGGAGGAAAUUCUCGCUGAGAUUGCGCCCCAGACUUCGGUUGUUGGCCUCGAGAUUCAAGAGGGUCUCUGCUAUGUCCACGUUGAAUGAUUUGGGGGUGUUCUUGAGGAAGAAUUUGAAGAGAGUGACUCUUUCAGCUUCAGUUUCUGUAGCGUUGGCUCUUUGUUAUAUUUUUCUGAAAGUAACGGCUUUGCCUUCUCCAAAACUUGUUCCUUACUCGGACUUUAUCAUGAGCCUUCAAAAUGGCAAUGUUACUAAGGUUUUGCUCGAAGAAGGGUCUCGUCGGAUAUAUUACAACACAAGCUCAGGAAGUGGUGUAGAUGAUAAAUUUCCAGGGGAAAAGUCGACAGAGAGUAAUGCUCCGAUUGGAAUUUGGGAUGAUAUAACUGAAGAGAAGGAAGUUGUUCCAGCUGGAAAGAUGAUUGGUGCAAGCAUGCCUAAGAAAUCAUUGAGAGCACGUGCUGCUAUGCCACAGUGGCAGCUUUCCACUCGGAAGAUUGAUCAUGAUGAAAAGUUUCUUCUAAGUUUGAUGAGAGAAAAAGGAACAACGUAUAGUUCAGCCCCUCAGUCGGUAUUGAUGUCCGUCAGGAAUACGUUGAUAACUAUAAUAUCAUUGUGGAUUCCUUUGACUCCACUGAUGUGGCUUCUUUAUCGACAACUUUCUGCUGCUAAUAGCCCCGCAAAAAAGACGCGGCCUAAUAAUCAGACAGUCAACUUUGAUGAUGUUGAGGGUGUUGACGCUGCUAAGGUUGAGCUUAUGGAGAUAGUGUCCUGCCUUCAAGGGGCAAUUAACUACAAAAAGCUAGGGGCUAAGUUGCCUAGAGGGGUGCUGCUGGUGGGUCCUCCUGGAACUGGGAAGACACUGCUGGCCCGUGCAGUUGCGGGAGAAGCUGGAGUACCCUUUUUCACUGUUUCUGCCAGCGAGUUUGUGGAGUUGUUUGUUGGGAGAGGAGCUGCUCGCAUCAGAGACUUGUUCACUGCUGCGAGAAAAUGUUCCCCAUCAAUAAUAUUUAUCGAUGAACUGGAUGCUGUUGGGGGAAAGCGUGGUAGAAGCUUCAAUGAUGAGCGGGACCAAACACUGAACCAGCUGCUGACAGAAAUGGAUGGAUUUGAGUCAGACACAAAAGUGAUUGUUCUUGCAGCAACCAACAGACCUGAAGCAUUGGACCCGGCUCUCUGCCGUCCUGGUCGCUUCUCAAGAAAAGUUCUUGUGGGAGAGCCAGAUGAGGAAGGAAGGAGAAGGAUUUUGGGUGUACAUCUGAGAGGAGUCCCUGUUGAGGAAGGCGUUGAGCUUAUCUGUGAUCUAGUAGCUUCUCUCACCCCAGGAUUUGUGGGCGCUGAUCUUGCAAAUAUUGUGAAUGAAGCGGCUCUGCUUGCUGCUCGUAGAGGCGGUGAAGCAGUGUCAAGGGAGGAUAUUAUGGAAGCGGUUGAAAGAGCUAAAUAUGGUAUCAAUGACAAGCAACUAAGGCCAAAUACAAUCAGCAAGGAGCUAGGAAAAUUGUUUCCUUGGAUUCCAUCCAUGAUGGGAAGGAAUGACACAAGAGAAGAUGGACUUCAAGGUCCCAUGGGUUAUCAAACUCUAAGCGGAUGAAAAAGGGUAGCCUUUCGGUCCAUUCAGACAGAGAAGCCAUUGCACCGAGUGCCUUGGACCCUCACAUCAUGUAUUGGAGGAAGAGACCGCGAGAAAGAUGAGCCCUUUCCACUUAUAAGCAGGCUUUUCCGCAGGGGAAAAUGCGUGCCUUUGAGAGGAUAUGUGCUUGUGAAGAUGAUCUGAGGAUGGAAACAUAAUUGCUGGCAGUUGGGAAUUCGCCUUGCGAUUGCGUGCCAACUGCUGUUUGAAUGAUCUUAUUGAGUGCCUUAAAAUCUCCUGUUAGUCUUACACCACAAUUGUGAGAAUAUGGUCUAUGAUUUUGAUCAUGCAAGUGUUGUGCGACAAAAUUACGUGCUCAAGAUCCAUCUUCUGUCGAGCGUGAUACUUACAUGAUGUCAAACUGUCCUUUCAUUAUCUGAAGAUAGCAUCGGACGGACUCUGUGAAUAACGGUCCUUAAUGUUCGGCGAAUUUUCAAAUUUGUUCCUAGCAUUGGAGUUUGGUUGAGCAAUCGACAUGCUCAUGAAAUGGCACCUCUACUGGUUUGGGUAAAGCUGGGACUACAUUCCCAACAUGACACAAUUUUCACUGAAAACAGUAUAAAGCCAUCUUACAACCUUUUUUCUUUGUUGUAGCUUGCAACCUGUAGCUUCAAAACACCCUUUGAUUUCGAGAUAUUAUGCUUUGUAACUGGAUGUUACGGAAACGUUCCAUAUCGGGAGUUUCUUUUUCUUAUUAUGUAGAAAUCUUUUGAACAUGUCUUCAGAGAA